AGUUAAAAAUCUAUUAAGCACAUAUUCAUUAGGAGCAUUUUCUUGCCCCAACCCAGGAUCUCCUUUGAGGACGUACUAGAGUAAAAACCUGUAUAUAUAAUCAUGAUUUGAGUUUGUAAGACUAAGAGAUUUUAAUGUUUGAGUUCGAAAUUUCAGCAAGUAUUGAUGCCGCUUCUAAUUUUUCUAGCCUAAGGGCUCUCUACCUGCUACAAAACUUUCUCUGUGGGAGGAGUUGAUCGAUAGUCAAAACUUAAAGGGUUUCAUCGGCUUUGAUCACAUACGCAGAAUAUCAGAGACUCGUAGUAAAGCACAAAGUUGAAACGAAGUAGUUGAGUUCCAGUUCUGUUACUGACUUGUUGUAAUGGUAGCAUCAUCAUCAUUCUCAGCACGGCAAGUGCCUCUCCCCCAAUCGUCCAUCUCCCAAACAACAUCUCUCCUCUUCGACUCUCUCUCCUCCUCUCUCGCUCUCUCCCAUUCCGACUCCUCCAUCUCUCUCUACCCUUCUUUCUCUCCCCUCUCAUCUCUCUCCUCCUCUCUCUCCUUCCCCCAAACCUUCAUCUCCGCCCCCACCUCCUCCGCCGCCUUCCUCCCCCUCAUAAACCCCUCUCGCCGCCUCCUCUUCCUCGCCGUCUCACCCUCCCACGGCGGCGCCUCCAUACUCCUCCGCUUCUGGACUCUGAAGCACAGCAACACUUGCUUUGUAAGGGCUCAUGUUGAGUGUAAUCAUAAAUUGAUGCAUUAUGAUGCGGGAAAAUCGGGGGUUGUGUUUGGUGUGAGCCAUGGUGCUUGUGUUAAGGUGGCUGUGACCAGUAAUGUGUUUGUUAUGUACUGUGUUUCGAGUAGGAUGGUUUAUGUGUUUGCAGUGAGGAUGGUUGGGGGAGAGGGGGAUGAGAAUGAGAGUGUUAAGUUGAUGAGGACGGGGGUUGUGGAGUGUAGUGUGCCUGUUUUUGGUAUUGGGGUUUCGUCGAGGUUUUUGGUUUUGGGGGAAUUUGAUGGGGUUCGGGUUUUUCCGCUUCAGAUUCUUGUCAAAGGGAAGGUUAAGAAGAGUGGUAGUGGCAGAUUGUUGAAUUUGUGUGAUGGAAAGGGUAAUGGAGGUGACGAGAACUUGGACGGAAAGGUUGAGAAGAAUGUUGGUUCUACAAAACUGAGGUCUGCGAGAUUGAGACAAGACUCGAAAGAAGGAGGUGCUUGCUUUGUACCAUUUAAGGGGGACAGUGACAGCUUUAACUCAAUUAAGCUACAAAUGAAGCCUGUUAAAGCAAUUGACAUUGAGGCUUUAUCCCCAAAUGAAUUUUUAAUCAUGGAUUCAGCUAGUCGUAUCCACCACUUGCGUCUGUCUAAUUCUGUUAUUGGGUCUGAAGUUUCGUGUCACAUGAAUCAAUUAUCGGUUAGCAUCAACGUCCAAAAAAUGGCUGUUCUUCCUGGAGCGCAGACCUUCUGGAUAUCUGACGGGGAGCAUACUGUACACACAAUCUCAUUAUCUGACCUAGAUACUUCUAUCAUCGGAGGCGAGAGAAAAGAUGAUGAUAAAAGGCUAAUUCAGAUUUCAGUUACAUCAGCGAUAUUUUCCAGUGAAACAAUACAGCAGCUUGUUCCUUCGGCUGCAGAUGCAAUAUUGGUCCUUGGACAAGGAAGCAUAUUCGCUUAUACAAUUUCGUAGUGCCUGGGUGUUUGAUCUUUCUGUAGUAAGCAGCAGGGCUGUUCCAAAAAGAAUUAUCGGUAAUAUGAAUUUAUUUAAUAUUAGAUUACAUUAUGUAUGUUGUAAUAUACUAGAUAAAGUGCUUCCAAAUUUGACUUUGAUUA